AUUCUCCAUCUCUCCUCCACCGGAAACCCUGCUGUAUCGCAAACUUCGCUUUUAUGUUCCCGGAGGCAGUCGAUUUUCAACAGGACUUCAUCGGUGUGUUGAGUUGGGUCGUCAUGGCCGCCUGAACCAGACUAAAUUCACCCAGUGCGUGGUUCUCAUUCUGUAAUUUACAUACAAUCGAAAGUUUUUUUGCGGAUUAACUUCAAUAUUUGUUAGGGGGGAAAACAUCCAUGUAAAAACUCUAACAUGCAGCCUCCGCCAAGAAAGGUCAAGGUUACCCAGGAGCUAAAGCAUACUCAUGCUGAGCAGAUGAGCAGACUACACAUCAAACACCAGACAGAGUGUGACCUACUAGAGGACCUGAAGACAUUCAGUCAGAAGAAAGCCGCUGUAGAGAGGGACUAUGCCCAGGCUCUACACAAGCUUGCCAAUCAGUACCUGAAGAGGGAAUGGCCGGACAGCCUAUCAGAGGAGCCGACAGACCACGGGAACAUGUACACGUUGUGGAAGGCAUACCUGGAGGGCAUAGUGCAUGUGAGCCAAACCAGGAUCACGGCCUGUGAGAACUACAGGAACCAAGUGUCGGACCCUGCCAAGACUGCCAGGCUGCAGAAGGAGCAGCAGCUCAGGAAGUGUAUUGACCAGCUGAUGCUGGUGCAGGCAGAGCUGCAGGACUCGGUGAAGGAGCUGGCUAAGACCAGGAAGAAGUAUCAGGAGACAGAGACCAUGGCCCAGGCCGUCAGGGACAAGGCCGAGCAGGACGCCAAGUCCAAACUGAGUCUCUUCCAAUCCAGGUCCAGUCUGCAGAGGGCAAGUGUAAAGCUGAAAGCCAAGAGGAGUGAGUGUAACUCCAAAGCCACCCAUGCCAGGAACGACUAUCUCCUCACGCUAGCUGCGGCUAACGCUCACCAGCAGCGCUAUUACGACACUGACCUGAUCGACUGCAUUAAGGUCCUGGAUGGGAGCAUCUAUGAGCAGGUGAAGGACUACCUGGUCUCUCUGUGCCAGAUGGAGCUUGAGUCCUAUCAGGCUGUUCACAACACUUUCAACAUCCUCCUGGAGAACUCCAAUGGGAUGAUGCAGGACUUUCACCAGCAGCAGUUUGUACAGCAGAACCAAGUGUUCCACAGUACCCCAGCCAUCCUCUUCCAGCCCAUCAACACUGACACGGUGGGGCAGUUGCAGAAGGAGAGUGGCACAGUGGAGGAGCACAGUCUGGAUAAGGAGGCACGGAAGUGGGCGACCCGAGUGGCACGAGAACACAAGAGCAUCAUCCACAGUCAGAGGGCCCUGGAGGACUAUGGGACCCAACAGGGGCUUUCGGAGCAGAACCGCAGCGAGCUAGAGCUCAAGAUGGAGGAGGCCAGGGAGAACCUGCGGAGAGCAGAGACCGUGAAGCUGAAGGCAGAUGCUCGUCUGGCUCUACUGAGAGAGGCAGGCAUCACAGUGGAGACGUGGCUGAAGAGCGCCAUGAACCAGGUGAUGGAGGAGCUGGAGAACGAGCGGUGGGCCAACCUCAAUGCCCAUGAUCUUUCACUCUCCGCUACAGGUGACCUAGAGAGGGAGGAGGAUGAAGAUAGUGGGGAGGUGUUGGACGACAGCAGCUCCAGCCCCUCCAGUACCCUCAGGAACUACCCCCUCACCUGCAAAGUGCUCUACUCAUACAAGGCGUCUCAGCCAGACGAGCUGACCAUCGAGGAACAGGAGGUGCUAGAGGUUAUCGAUGAUGGGGACAUGGAGGACUGGGUCAAGGCCAGGAACCAGACAGGCCAGGUGGGCUAUGUCCCGGAGAAGUACCUGCAGCUGCCCUCGUCCAACAGCCUAAUGAGCAUGCUCCAGUCUCUGGCCGCCCUGGACGCUCGCUCCCACUCCUCCAGUAACUCUACCGAGCCCGAGCUGGCCGAGUCAGAGCUGCACACGCCAGGCACACCUAUCGUCAACGGAGACUCCAGCGGUGUGUGCUUCGCCAAGGCCCUGUACGACUACGCGGGCCAGACAGGUGAGGAGCUCUCGUUCCCUGAGGGUGCCAUCAUCCGUGUGCUGAGCCGCGAGACCUACGAGGAUGAUGGUUUCUGGGAGGGCGAGUUCAAUGGCACCGUGGGUGUCUUCCCUGCUGUGCUUGUGGAGGACCUUCUGGCAGCGGGUGGUGCCAGUGAGAAUGGCGACGUCUCAGGAGAGGCCAGCAGCAAUCCGCAGGCGUCCCCCGCUCCUCUUUCCGAGUGCUCUCCACAGAGUCCCUUCCUUCUGGGCCCGUUCCAUAGCAGCCCCUGUCAGAGCAGCCACCUCCUGACCCCCACUCUGCCCUCGCCCCAGUCCAGCCCCUCCAGUGCCAGCGCCUCCCCCAUACCCCGCCCCCCCUCCAUCAACGGCCACCAUAGGCCACCGCCCGCACCACUCAAAGGCCACUUGCAAAGUCCUGCCCAGAACUCCACCCAGCCCCCCAGGUACCCAACAGAUGGUGGUGCGGGGGGCACCAUUCGACCUGUCCGCGCUGCACCGCCGCCCCCCAAGCCGCAGCAGCCUCGUGGCCAGGUGAAGAAGAGGGAGGAAGUGGAGAUCACGCUGGUGUAACACCGCCGCCGAGAUCAGACCUGGUGGAUCCAGGUCCCUGACCGACUCUUUUUCUCUCUCUGGCUAGCUCCCUCGCCUUCAUAACUGGGCGUUGAGCAAUGGGGGGGGUCUUGCCUUGUUGUUCGAGCAAGAUAUCGCUAUUGGAUUACUAUUCAACAAAGUGUUACUAAUUUUGUGAGAGGAUUGUACAUCUGUCACAAUGUUUUUUUUUAAACACAGCUAAAUUCCAAGCCAGAUCUCGGUUUGGUUCUUGGUAGAUUGUGUUAAUGUUGUCUCCGCACAUUUCAGGGAAAUUGACAACACGGUAGAGGCGGGUAUCACUCCUGUACCUGAAAUAUGUCUUUAAAAAGUGUUUCCAACAUUUCAUAAACAAGGGAAAAGUGGCAAUUUUGGAGGGGUGUAAUUGUUUAAGAUAGGAAUAGCCCCAUUGAGGGCAAAAUCUGGGUCACACUGUGAAACUAGAACAAAACUGCCCCUGACAUGUAAAUGUACUACUCUUCUAAAUGUAUUUGUACAACUUCCUUGUGUUAAAACUUGGGACAUUUCAAGAUUGCCAGGGGCAGUCUAUAGUGUAUGCAUGAGUAAAUGUAGACUAUUUUUGUGCUACUUUUUGUUGUAAAAACAAGGAUCUAACUAUGUUGUCAUCAAUACUAAUCUAGGCGUAAACUAGCCAAUAAUGGUUGCUGGUGAGAAUAGUUUUUUCAGUCAGGAAUGCAGACUGGGUCGCAGUUCAAGACGGAAAGCAUCGCAAGGUGAUUUGCAGUUGUGCAGUGCGUCCCUGGGUCAGACCAUGAGUCAGACGUGCCUUAAAGUUCCCGGAAGAGAAUCUCCAUAGUUCCUAAUUCCCUACAGGAAGUGUGAACUGACUGAAAUACUGAAGCACUUUUUUGAUAUUCUGUUAUGCUCUUUUCAGUAUUGCUGCUUGGUCUCUCUCGUGGUUGCUGCAUUGUUUGUCUACUUUAAUUUUUUUUGCUCCGUCUAUAUCGGUAUGAGUAUUGUUCUCCUUGUGAAAUGCAUUUGAUUUAUGUCGCCAAAAAAUAUAUAUUUGUUUACGUUGGGAGGUAUGAUUGAUUUUAUUUGAUGUAUGCUUUUUAAUUGUAUCAUUUAAAUAUUAAUAGUUUACAGAGCUUUGACAUGGAUAGCUGUGCAGCAAUUUUACAUUAAGGAUUAAAACAUACGGAAACGUAUAAAUUGUUGAUCAUAGGAAAUCAGGAAUCUGUCAGCCACGUUGCUGUGUUCUCGUUGAUCUCCUUGAGAUUUGAAUGUCAAACUUAUUUUGAAGUUUACCCUGUUAUAUUGAAAAAAUACAUGUGGUUGUGAAACACUUUGACACAAACAUUAAGUAGUUUUUUGUCAUUAUGUUCCUGAUUUAUUUUCAGUAUCUUCAGAGAUACGGUAGAAACAAACGGCCCACUCUGAUGUAGCAUCUGCAGCAAUAGCAGAAAAUCUAAAUUAUUUAAUUGGAUAUUAAGAUUUUUUUUUGUUAAAAUAAAUAUGGAAUAAAAUUGGCUGAAAUCA